GCAGUGCCUCAUUGGCCUUUCUUUACUUAAUCCGAAAUACAAGUCUUUCCUUGAUUCAAACGCAACUCUUGAUUUCUUAACCCCUCCCCUUCCUUCCCCUCGUUGACUUUCUAACAUAAUAUCUUUCAGCAGCAAAAACCAACCAAUACUUCAUUCCUAGUGAAUCUCAUAUUCUCAUCCAUCACCAUGGCUAACAUAAACACUUUUUUCAACCCCUUUCAAUUCAAAACAAUCUUCUAGCAAGCACUUUUUCAUGAUUUCAUUAUCAUCAACAAGAUGAACAACACAACCGAUUCCGGAUUCCUCGGGUCCAACAACAUAAGUGGCUUUGGCAUGGGGAUAGGAAUCUCAAUUGGGAUUCUUCUGCUCAUCACAACCAUCACACUCACCUCCUACUUCUGCACCAGGGCACAAGUGCCAACUCCUCCAAGGAGAAGAGGAACAAGUAAUUCCAAUCCACAAUUCCUUGAGCCACACCACACAAUAGUUGAUGUUGGCCUUGAUGAAGCCACAAUCAUGAACUACCCCAAAAUGCUCUACUCUGAAGCCAAGCUAAGGAAAUCUGAUUCCACUUCAACAAGCUGCUCCAUAUGUCUUGGAGAUUACAAAGGUUCUGAUUUGCUAAGGGUGUUGCCUGAUUGUGACCAUGUCUUUCACCUCAAGUGCAUAGACCCUUGGCUGAGGCUGCAUCCAACUUGUCCUCUCUGCAGAACAUCACCAAUUCCGACACCUCUCUCAACUCCUCUGGCCGAAGUGAUCCCUUUAGCAACCAGGCGAGAUUAAUUCAUUGUUUGAAAUGUGUUUUUUUUUUUUUUUUUCUAGACCACAAAUAUUCUUUGCUGGAGACAAUCGUAUUUGAGUCGGGUAGGAUCUCUAUGGGAUAGUUUGAAAUGUUUUUGAAAUGUUUUUGCAUUGUAGUAUUAGUACACUAAGGACUAAGGUUGAGGAUUAUCAAAAUUUCAUAAAGUACUUGAUUGAUUGAUUCUAUAUUGUAAAUUCUUCUCUUGUACCCUUUUUCAAAAAAAGAAAAAGAAAUGUUGAAAAUUGAUACAUAUUGGUUCAUCGUGAGUAGAAACUAGAAACUCCUUCAAUUUAUGCUUCAUUUUUUUUCUUUUGCUUUAAGUUUUGUGUACACAGAAACAAUUCAUCUUUGUAAACCGGUUUGGGAGCUUGAGAACCUGGCAGAGUAAUCAAAAUUAGAUGCAGUUCUAUA